AUGAAAGUCUUAAUAUUGGUUUUGUUAGUUUUGAGUGGUGAAUUGAUAGGUAAAGAGAUCAAUGUAGGUGAUGAUUAUGAAUGCGAAUGUUUACAACUUAUGUUGGAGAAUGAUUGUAUAAAGUAAGGUUGUUAGUGGGUAAAUGGGGAAUGUAAAGUGAAGUUAAAAUAAGGAACAUAAAAUGAAGUAGAUAGUGAUACAUUUUGUUCUCAAUUUGAUAAAACAAAUUGCAGUAGUUAAUCAGGUUGCGCAAUUUUGGUAGAGAAAUGUGUUGAAUUUAGUGCAUGUAAUAGUUAUUAACAAAGCACAAAUGAAUUGUGUUAAAAUAUAUCUAGGAAGUGUAUUACAGAUGGAGAGAAAUGUGUAGAGAUAAGUGAAUGUGGAGAAUAUCAGACAUCAAUAUCAUGUAAAUAAGAUACAGAAGGGAACUAUUGUUAUUGGGAUAAUGAGAAGUGCGAAAAGAGUAUAGAGUGCGUUCAAUUACCAAAAAGCUUAAAAAGUGAUGAAGAAUGUAGGGCUGUGAAUAAUGAAUGCACAGUAUCAUCAUAAGGUGGGUGUUAACCAAGUGGAUGGAAUUGUUAAAAUUAAGAAGGAGAAUUAUAAUGUGUUUGGGAUAAAUUUAUGAAAGUAAGAUGUAAUUGGAAUGGUAUUACUUGUGUUGAUAGAUCAUGUUAAUCUGCUCCUAUUAGUAUUAAGAGUAACGAAGAAUGUAAAUCUUAUUUAUAAGGAUGUAUACUCAUCAAAGGAGGUGGAUGUGAUGAACUUAGAAAUUGUAAAGAUAUUACUACUAGUGAAGCAUGUGAUAUUGACAAAAAUGGUAAAUAAUGUUAUUGGUAAUCUGAAUAAUGUAUUGAAAAACUUUGCAAUAAUGCAUCCUAAUUACUAAGAACAUUUGAAGAAUGUCAAUCCUUUUUAUAAGGUUGUGUACCUAGUUUAAAAGGUGGUUGUUAAACAUAUAAUAAAUGUGACGAUUUUAUUGAUCAAACUACUUGUUAAAGUGGUUUAUUGAAUUGUUUCUGGAAUACUAAAUCUUGCGUUUCGUAUAGUUGUAAUAGUGCAUCCAAAAAAUAUAAUACGCAUGCUAAAUGUUCAGAAUAUAAAGCUGAUUGUACAGUCAAUACUUCUAAAGAUGGAUGUUAAGAUAGAACUUGUGAUAAUGCUCCUAAUGAAAUUAAAAGUAAUUAUGAUUGUGAAUAAUAUAAAUCUGGAUGUAUCACUAAAAUUACUGGGGGAUGUGUCAAAAAUUAAGAAUGUUCCAAUAUUAUGCUAAAAGAAGCAUGUCUUUUAGAUUAAUAAGGAAGAGAGUGUUUUUGGUAUCAAAAUUAAUGCAAACUAAAAAUAUGUCCUAAUGCUCCUAAUGUAUAUAAUACACAUGAACAAUGUUAAACAUAUUCUAAAUUAUGUACUGUAAAGAAGACUUUAAAUGGAUGUGUGGAUAUGACUUGCGAAGCCAUCUUCUAAGAAAAUAAUUGUAAUAAAGAUUAAUCAGGUAAUCUUUGCUAUUGGACUGGUUUAUGUUUUGAUAAGACUUGUGAAAAUGCACCUGUUAAUAAUAAUUUCGUUACUGAUGCUUAGUGUAAAUCAUAUUUAAGCAGAUGUACUGUCAGAAAUACUGGUAUGGGUUGUAUGGAUAGACCUUAUCAAUGCAGUGAAAUGAAAAUACCAUAAUAGUGUAUAACCAACUUCUAUAAUGUUGAAUGUGAAUGGUAUGGAGAUUCAUGUAGGAAGAAAGAGUGUUAUACAGCAUCUAGCGGACUUACAACUUAUGAGGAAUGUAAUGCCUAUUUAAGUGGAUGUACAACUACUGGUGGUGGAUGCUAAUCAUUAAAUAAUUGUGAUCAAUAUACUAAUUCUAAUAGUUGUAGAUUUGAUGUCGAUAACAAUAUUUGUCAAUGGAAUAAUGGAUUAUGUGCUAAUAAGAGUUGUUAAACUGCUGACAAUACACAUACCACUAAUGAUUUAUGUAAUACAUAUCUUACAGGUUGCAUUGUUAAUAAUAGUGGAAAUGGAUGUAUUCCUAAACCAGCAAGUUGUGCACAAAUGAUAACUGCAAAUUAAUGUACAGCAACAUCAACAAAUUCUUCAGGUGGUCCUUGUGCUUGGAUUACACUUUCUUCAAUAUGUGUAAAUAGAACUUGUAAUAAUGCACCAGCAACGGCAGAUUAUAACACUUUUACAAAAUGCAAUUAAUUUUUAGAUACCUGUACAGUUGUUGCAACAGGAACGGGAGGAUGUAUGACAAUGGUAAAUAGUUGUAAUUUAUAUACAUCUCAAAGGUAAUGCGAAUAGAUUUUGAAUGGUAAUAAAUGUUCAUGGUAUUUAACUUAAUGUUUGGAUAGAUAAUGUGUAUAUUCACCUGAUACAUCUAGUUAUGAUGAUAAAGAUGAAUGUCAUAGUUAUGAUAAUCGAUGUAAUGUAGUACGUAGAAUUGGUGGUAAUGGUUGUACAAUUAGAAAAGGUAGUUGUAAUGAAUUAUCAUAACAUUAAUGUGUUAAAGAUAGUGCUGGUACAAUUUGUACUUGGAAUACUAGUGCAGAUCCACCAUAUUGUUUAAAUAGAAGUUGCAGUUUAACAAUAGGUAUAAUUAGUUUCACUCCAACAAAUUGUGCCAACUGGUUACCUACAUGUGUCGUUAAUAAUGUAUCAACUCCAACAGGUUGUAUGGCAUUAUAAUCUUCUUGUUCAUCUUAUUAAUUUUCAGCAAAUUGUACAUAGACAUCUUUAAAUGUUUAAUGUUAUUGGAAUGGAUCAAAUUGUAUCAAUAGAUCAUGUUCAACAACUUAAGGAAUCACAGAUUUUGAUCAUUCAUCAUGUUAUGCAUGGAUGACUACAUGUACAGUAAAUAAACCAACAACAUGUGCAGAUAAACCAACUAAUUGUUCAGAUGCUAUAAAUUAUGAUUAAUGUUAUAAAAAUAUUAGUGAUUAAUUGUGUGCAUGGGUAGGUACAUCAUGUGUAGAUAGAACAUGUAAUAAUCAUGGAUAUGCUGUUACUGUAUUUAAUAAUGCAAAUUGUUCAGGAUGGAUGCCAGAAUGUUCAGGUAAUCCCGAUUAAAGCGCUUGUGAAAUUACAAGAACAUGUACUAAUCAUGGUUCAGAUGUAACUACUUUUACUCAUGACAAUUGUGCUGGUUGGUCUCCAUUAUGUACUGUAAAUUCUACAAAUGAUGCAUGCAUUGAAAGAACUUGUAAGAAUUAUGGAUUAAUUGUAACUGAUUUCACUGAUGUUAAUUGUAGUAAUUGGUUAUUCAAAUGUAAGUCUAAUAGUGAUCAUACAGCUUGUAUUAGUAGUAGAACAUGCACUAAUCAUGGAAGUGCUGUCACAGUAUUCAAUCAUAAUAAUUGUAAUGAAUGGUGGGAUGAAUGUACAGUAGUAGGAUCAUCAUGUGCUUAAAAAUCAUGUUAUAAUCAUUCCAUUACUUAAUUUACUCAUACUAAUUGUAAUGAUUGGUAUUAUUAAUGUACUGUUGCAGCAGACUCAUUAAGUUGUUAACCAAAGACUUGUGCUAAUGCUAAAUUAGUAACCUAUUCAUCAAAUACUUGUUAUACUUGGUUAAAUACUUGUACUGUUAAUUCUGAUAAUACUGGAUGCAUUUCAAAAAGAACAUGUUAAUUAACUGAUUUAACUACAUUUAAUUAUGCCAAUUGUGUCGCUUGGUAUAAUUAAUGCACUUAUUCUUCUGGAUCUUAAUGUAUUGAUAAAACUUGUACUAAUUAUAGUAGUAAUUUAAGUAUUCAAUCUCAUGUUACUUGUGAAGCUUGGUUAUAAAGAUGUACCUAUGUUUCUAAUACAAGUAAUUGUGGAGAUAAAACCUGUUACAAUUAUGCUGACAUCUUUUAUAUACAAGAUCAUGCUAAUUGUAAUAAUUGGCUCAAUAUUUGUACAUCCAAUGGAAUUACUUGUGAACCUAAAACUUGUACUAAUCACGGAAGCUCUGUUACUGUUUUCAAUAAUGAUAAUUGCAAAUCUUGGUUAAGUUAUUGUUAAGUUAAUGUUGAUGGAACAGCUUGUGAAAAUUCAAGAGGAUGUCUACCAACAUUACCACUUUAUUCUCAUGUUACUUGUGAAACAUAUAAUCAUCUUUGUACCAAUAAUGGUUCAAGUGCUUGUAAAUUUAAAUCUUGCACUGAUACUAAUCUAACAACAUAUAAUCAUUCAUUCUGUUAAGCAUAUUUAUCAGAUUGCACAGUCAAAUCUAAUUUCAAUGGAUGUGAAUAAAAAAGUUGUUACAAUCAUGGUGUUUAAGUUAGUACAUUAUCUCAUGCUAAUUGUUAGACUUGGUUAUUUAAUUGUACUUAUUCUGCAUCCUCAAGAACAUGUAUUCCUAAAUCCUGUACAAAUCAUGGAACUAAUGUAACAGUAUUCAAUAAUACUAAUUGUCAAGCUUGGUGGAGUGCUUGUAUUGCUAAUACUGCUGGUACUGCAUGUGUCAAUAUUCGUACUUGCGCUACUGCAACAUUAACUACUUACACUCAUUAAUAUUGUGAAAAUUGGUUAUCUAAUUGCACAACACAAAGUACAACUAAUUGUUAAGAAAAAACAUGCGCUUUAGCUGCAACUAAUAAUUUAAUAGCAUAUGAUCCCAUUACAUGUGAAAUUUGGAUGAAUACAUGUACUAGUAAUGUUGCUCAAAGUGCAUGUAUAAAUAAAACAUGUUAUAAUCACGGUGAUUAAGUAACAAAAUUUACAAAUGCAAAUUGCAGUGGUUGGUUAUCUUAUUGCGCUGCCAAUUCCUCUAAUUCUGGUUGCAUAGAAAAUAAAACAUGUAGUAAUGCUGUAGUAAGUUCAUAUAAUAACACUAAUUGUAGUGGUUGGUUAUCUACAUGUACUGUAAAUAGCACUUUUGAUGGAUGUAUAGAUAAGACAUGUUAUAAUUAUGGAUAGAAUAUAUCUAGUUUCAUACACACAAACUGCAAUAACUGGUUAUCUUCUUGUACUAAUCUAUCAAAUACUGGUUGUCAAGAUAAAACAUGUAGUAAUAUAACUCCAGCAACUUACACAUCAGCAAGUUGUUCAACAUGGUUAUCUUAUUGUACAGGUAAUGAUAGUUAAACAGCUUGUAUAAGUACAAAAACAUGUACUAAUUAUGGAAGCAAUAUUAAAGUAUUGAAUCAUAGUAAUUGUAAUAAUUGGCUUUCAUCUUGUACUAUAAAUAGUAGUGGAACUGCUUGUGAAGAUAAAUCAUGUUCAAAUGCAUCUCCAACUUUAUUAUCAUAUGGACCAUACAAUGAUUCUACUUGUAAUGGUUGGUUAUCAAGUUGUACUGUAAAUACAACAUUUGAUGGUUGUAUAACUCGAACAUGUAGUAAUAUACCAUCUUAUAUUACUAAAAACAUAUCAAAUUGUUAAUCUUGGAGUUCUUUUUGCACAUACAAUUCGUCAACUUAAUUAUGUGUAAAUAGAACUUGUACAAAUCAUGAGUCUUUUGAUUUGAAUUCAUCUAAUUGUUCUAGUUGGCUUAGUUCAUGUUGGUUUUAUUCAAACAGUUCAGAUUGUGAGACAAUUAGAACUUGUUAAAAUUUCGUAGGAUCUGUAUCACAUGCUAAUUGUGAAGCUUGGGUAUCAACAUGCACUGUUAAAUCAGAUAAUAGUGGUUGUACUACUAAAUUAUGUGAGAUGUAUACAACAAUAAUUGGUACACCAUAUUCUUAAGCUAAUUGUGAAUCAUUUCUAUCCUCAUGUAAAUGGGAUAGUUCUAAUAAUACAUGCAUUGAAAAGACUUGUAACAAUUACUCUGGAACAAUUAAUUAAGCUAAUUGUGAAGCUUGGUCAAGUAGAUGUACUUUAAAUAAUUCAUCUAAUGGAUGUACGUAUAAAACAAGUUCAAAUGCUAUUACAUCAUUAUAUUAUACAGAAAGUAAUUGUAAAAAAUGGUCAGAAGCAUGGUCAUUGAAUUCAAGUAAUAAUCAAUGUACAAGUAAUUGUUAUAAUAAUGGUUAACAUUUUUCAGUUUUCAAUCAUGCAAAUUGUAAUGCAUGGGAUCCAAAUUGUACUGUAAAUUCUACAAAUACAAAUUGUACUAGAAAAACUUGUUAAAAUUUCACAGGAUCAAUUUCCUUUUCUAAUUGUUAGUCUUGGUUGUCAACAUGUACAGCAACAUACAAUAACUCUGCUUGUAUAGAUAAGACAUGUAAUAAUCAAUACUAAAAUAUUAAUAUAAAUUUUAGUGACUCUAAAUGUAAUGCAUUUAAAUCUGAUUGUUUUAAAGAUUCGAAUUAUAGUUGUAGGAUUAAAAAAUGUUCUGAUUAUAGUGAUACCACACUUUCAAAUUGUUAAACAAGAUAUUCACAUUGUUUACUUGGAUAGUCUGGAUGUAUAACUCAUAGAACAUGCUCUAAUUAUGGAUCAAAUGUCACUACAUUUACUCAUAUUAAUUGUGAAAAUUGGUUAUCUAGUUGCACAGUUAAUGAUACUGCUACAGGAUGUACUGAAAAAACAUGUUAUAAUUCAAGUAUUACUACUGAACUUAAAAACUCAUACAGUUACCCUACUGAAAUAACAGAUCUUUAAUGUUCCUCCUGGAAUGAUUUAUGUAUUAAUAGUGGUACUACUGCAUGCAAAAAUAGAUAAUGUUCUGAUUCAGGUGCAUGGUCAAGUUGUUCAUCAUAUCUUAAUUCUUGUAAAACUAUCUCUAGCUUCAAUUAUUGUGAUUAUAAAACUUGUGGUAGUGCAACAAGUUUCUCCAGUGUAACUAGUUGUACAAAUUGGUUACCACAUUGUACAUAAAGUUAAAGUCAGAGAGGUUGUCACUCUUAAAGAACAUGUAGUGAUUAUGGAGAUAAUAUAAAGAUCUUCAACCAUGUAAAUUGUGAAUAAUGGAAUCCAUUAUGUACAAUUAAUAGUACAAAUGAUGGAUGCAUUUAUAAAACAUGUUUCAAUCAUGGUAUGACAUCAACAAAUACAUAAAAAUGUGGAUAAUGGUUAUCAAUUUGUAAAGCAAAUGCUAAUUCAAAUGGAUGUGAAAUAAAAACAUGUUCAAAUUAUGGUAGUGCAAUUACUGGCUCAUAUAGUGCAUAUUGUCCAUAAUGGUUGGGUUAACAAUGUACUUAUAACUCUAGUGCAUGUCUACCUAAUAGAACAUGUCAAUAAAGUUACAAUGGAUACAAUAUCAGAUAUGAUUCAUAUUAUUGUCUAGAUUGGUUAACUACAUGUACACCUAAUUAAUCUUAAACUAGUUGUAUUGAUAAAACAUGUACUAAUCAUGGAUCAGAAGUAACAGUCUUCACACAUGCUAACUGUUAUAAUUGGUAUGACAUCUGUACUAAUGAUGGCUCUUCUGCUUGUAAAUAUAAAACAUGUUAAAAUCAUGGAGCUAAUGUAAGUUCUCUUACUAGUGCUAAUUGUCAAAAUUGGUUAACAUCAUGUACAUUCUAAACAGGUGAAAGUACAUGUAAUUAUAAAACUUGUACUAAUUAUUCUAGUUUUACAUUAUCAGCUACUAAUUGUUUUAAUUGGAAUAAUUAAUGCACUUACAUCGAUUAUGCUUAUGAUUGUGAAUAUAAAACAUGUGAUAAUUAUGCCAGUACUAUUAAUGAAAACAAUUGUAGAAAUUGGUUACCAUAUUGCACACCAAAUUAAUAAGCCACUUAAUGUGUAAGCACAAGAACUUGUACCAAUCAUGGAAAUCAAAUUACUUAAUUUAAUCUAUAAACUUGUUAAAAUUGGCUACCCUAUUGCACUGUAAAUACGACCAAUGAUGCUUGUAUGGAUAAAACUUGUGAUAAUUAUGGCUCUUAAUUGAGUACAUUUACUAGAAUAACAUGUACUGGAUGGCUACCUUAUUGCACAAAUAAUUCAAACACUAAAUGUGAAAGAAAGCAUUGUACUAAUUAUCCAUCUGGAUUCUCACUUAGUAAUUCUAAUUGUUAAAGUUGGUUUAAGUAUUGUAAAAUAGCACCUUCAAAUACUAAUUGUGAAUAUAAAACAUGUUCUAAUCAUAGUUUAAGUACUUUUAAUCAUACUAAUUGCUCUAAUUGGUUACAUUAUUGUACUGUCUCAGACGAUGGUAAAUCAUGUGUUACAACUAGAACUUGUACUAAUCAUGGAAGUCAAAUCACUGUUUUUAAUCAUAGCAAUUGUUAAUACUGGUUGUCAACAUGUACAAUUAAUUCAGGAGGUACAGCAUGCGAAACUAAAACAUGUACUAAUCAUGGAUCCUUUGUUACUACUUUCACUCAUUAUAACUGCUAAAAUUGGAAUUUUGAUUGCACUGUGAAUACUGGUAGUACAGCUUGUACUGUUAAGACUUGUGCCAAUGCUACUGGAUUCUCAUUUUCUCAUUCUAAUUGUUAAAAUUGGUUAUCAAUUUGUACUGUUAAUUCAUCUUAUAAUGCAUGUAUAAAUAAAACAUGCUCAAACACCACAGGUAUCAGUCCAUGGACUCAUAAUAAUUGUGAAAUAUGGUUACCUAAAUGUCAAUUGAAUAAACCUACAACAUGCACAACAUUAUAAUCAAAUUGUAGCAAUGCAGGUGUGUCAUACAAUUAAUGUGUAAUAGAUACUGGUAAUUAUGAAUGUGCUUGGUAUAAUGGUACUUGUUAGCGUAGAACUUGUGGUAAUUAUACAGGUACUACUUUUACUCACAGUGAUUGUGAAAAUUGGUUAGAGACUUGCACAGUAGAGGGAGGUUUAUCACCAAAUAAUUGUGUAGUAAAGGCAACAAAUUGCACAGAUUUAGGAGUGACAUAAGAUUAGUGUGUAACAAAUGUAGGUUUAGUAAAUUGUGUAUGGUUAUCAUCAUGUUAGGAUAGAACAUGUAGUAAUUAUACAGGUGUAACAUUUACACAUACUGAUUGUGAGAAUUGGUUAUCAACAUGUACAGUAGAUGGAUUAAAUGUACAUGCAGGAUGUGUAAUAAAACCAUAGAAAUGUUAAAUGAUUUCAACUUAAGAUUAAUGUAUAAAGAGUUCAGAUAAUACAAUAUGUUUUUGGACAGGUACAUAAUGUAAAGAUAGAGUAUGUGAAGAUGCAUCAUAGAAUGGUAGUUAUGAUGAUGAUACAGAAUGCAAGACAUUUUUAUAAGCAUGUACAGUAGGUAGGAUAGGAGAAUGUGUAAGUAAGGCAACUAAUUGUUCUGAUUAUGUAUAGUAAUCACAUUGUUUUAAGAAUAGUAGUUAAGGAGUAUGUUUUUGGAAUUUGGAUAUAGGUAAAUGUGCAGAUAUCAAAUGUUCAAAUGCUCCAUUAAGUUUAACAAAUCAUACAUAAUGUUAUGAGUUUUUAAAUACAUGUACAGCAAAAUAAGGAGGUGGUUGUAUGACAUAGAAUGGAUGUUUAAAUUAUUCAGCAGAGAUAUCUUGUGUAGUAGGUUCAAAUGGUGAUAUUUGUGCUUGGAUUGGUGGAAGAUGUUUCGUAAAAUCUUGUUAUACAGCAGCAUUUGAUAGUACACGUGAUACUCAUGUUGAAUGCUAAGCUUAUUUAAGUGAUUGUACUGUAAUCCAUUCAGGUAUAGGUGGUUGUGUUCCUUUAUAAGAUUGUUCAACAUAUUUAAGUGAGAGAUAAUGUGUAAUAAAUAACCUAUAUCUUCCAUGUGGUUGGGAUGGUACUAAAUGUAUGGAUAAAUCAUGUCUUACAUCUCCUAGAUCUUACAAUACACAUAAUGAAUGUGAAUCAUAUUUAAAUGAAUGUACUACUGUGCCUAUAGGAAAUGGUUGUUAAUUUAAAAGUACAGACUGUUCACAAUAUCAAUCCGAAAAAUAAUGUGUUAUCACUAUUUCUAAUCAAUCUUGUUAUUGGAAUCCAAAAACCAAUUCAUGCCAAAUUAGGUCUUGCUAAAAUGCUCCUGAUACUGCUAUCACUGCUUCAUUAUGUGAACAACACUAUCCCUUCUGUUAUACUGAUUAUAUCUAUUGUAGAUAAUAAAAAUGCACUGAUUUACCAUAUAAAACAAAUGAAGAAUGUUAAAAAUAUAAUUCAAAUUGCACAUCUGAUGGAUAAACUUGCAUUGAUCGAAAACUCUGUUCUGAUGUACAUGUCUUAGAUGCAUGUAAUACUGAUAUUCAUGGAAAUGAAUGUUAAUGGGUCUUUAAGUAUUCAUAUUGUACUUUAAAAUCAUGUUCGACAUCUCCUGAUUACAAUCUCACUGAAUAAGAUUGCUAACAAUAUUAUCCUUAAGGAAAUUGUACUACCAGAUUAGGAGGAGGUUGCAUUACUAAAUCUACAUGUGAAAAUGCUUAAUUAAAAGCAGCAUGUACAACCUCUGCUGAUAAUAAACUUUGUGUUUGGGAUUCCAUUAAAUGCAGAUCAUAAGUUUGUGAUGAUAUUAUAGGAACAUCUGAAGAAGAAUGUGCUCUUUAUGAUUGUGCAUUCCAAAAAUCAUCACUCUUUGGUAUUAAAUGUACUACUAAAAAAAAAUGUAAUGAAUUCAUUAUGGAAGACAUUUGCCUUAAAGGAAUAGAUGGCAUUUGUAAAUGGUUUAAUAAUAGUUGUCAUCGUUAUAUUGGUUGUAAUACAAUAUCAAGUCCAUAUGAUAAAGUUUGUAAAUCUUUAUCAAAAAAUUGUACAACUAAUGGAAAUAAAUGUGUUGGAUUGAGCAAAUGUUCAUAAUACACAAUUUAAGAAGCUUGUACAAUUGGGUUAGAUGGAGAUUGUAUCUGGUGGUCAAAUUUAAGUGUUUGCAAGAGAUUCUUAUCAUGUUAUGAUUUACCAUAUUUAACUCAUGCGGAAUGUUAUCAGAUCUCAUAAAAAUGUACAACAGAUACAUAGAAUGGAUGCAUUCCAUUAUUACUAUGUUCAUCUUAUAAGUAUAAGGAACAAUGUAGAAUUAGCUCGAAUGGAUAAGUAAUUAAAUAAAACUCGAAUCAAUAAUACAUAAGUUAAACUGGUUUUUGCACUUGGGAUAAAUCAUAAAAUGAAUGUAGAGAUCAAUCUUGUGAAGAAUUGAGUGGUGAAACACAUGAAGCUUGUAAUGCUUAAUUGUAUGGAUGCACAUCUGAUUCUAUAAAAUGUGUUACUAUAAGAGAAUGUGAUAAUUAUGAAAAUGAAUAAACCUGUCUACAUGCUUAAAGUUCGAAUGGAAAAUGUGUUUAUAAUAACAAUGCAUGUACAACAAUCUCUUGUAAUGAUAUACCUUAUGGUUACACUCAUGAGACAUGUUUAAGACAUAUUCCAAAUUGUAUAUCAGAUGGACAAUUAUGUAUUGCGAUUGAUGUUUGCGCUAAUUAUGGAAAUAAGUUUUCAUGUGAUUAUGGAGGUCUAGAUGGAACUUGUGCAUGGGAUGGUCAAUAAUGUUUAAAGGUUUUCUAAUGUUCGGAUUGUGAUUAAGAUAAAUAAAUUUGCUAAUAGUUUUCAGAUCAAUGCAGAUGGAUUGAAGAACCAUAAAUCUCAUCAGAAACAUCUUGCGUUGCUUUAGAAUGCUCAGAUCUUAUAGAAUAGGAGUGUCAUAAUAUUAAUAGUAUUGAUAACACAACUGUCAAAUUAUGUAUCACUCAAGAUAGAGUAUGCAUCUAAGCAGAGCCAGAAGCUUAUAAUCAAUAAUCUUGUAGAAUCAGUACCUUGAAUACUUAUUAUUGGAAUACUACAACGUCCAAAUGCACUCAAUGUACCAAUCGUAUUAUUGAACAACAAACAGAUAUUAAAACAAAUCAAGAAGCAAUACUAAUGAUAAUAUUAAUUAGUCUAUUGUUCUGAUAUAU